CUCGCAUGUAAUGUAAUUAAGCAGAGAGAGGAAAGCUUCAUUUCCUAUGCACAAUUCGAAAGUAGUUUUGCAAUGUCUUCUAACCUCCUCGGUUAUGACAAUUCUCUUCUUUUCUACGACACAUCUCAACCUCACUUUCACUUCGAAAGUGCACCAGAAAUUGAUGAGAAAUUGUUGAUCGUGCCUGAGCUGGAGCUGGAGCUGAGUUUUUCAUCUGCUCAUGAAUUCAUGCAGAGCUAUUAUUGUCAAAAUGAGCUAAAUUUUGAUUUUGAUGGUGCUUUGCUGGAGUCGGCCAGCAGCAAUGAACAAAAGGAGAAAACAAAUUCGGAUGGUGUUUUUAAGGUGGGGAAAUACAGCAAAGAAGAGAGGAAACUGAGGAUUGAUAGAUACAAAGCUAAAAGGACUCGCAGAAAUUUCAACAAGACCAUUAAGUAUGCAUGCCGGAAAACUCUAGCCGACUCUCGGCAAAGAAUACGUGGUCGAUUUGUUCGAAACGACGAGGCCGAACAGAUUCUCCAACCUUCCCUGUUUCAAUCAUGUCAACAUAAAUAUCAUCUUUGGAUUGAUGAUUGGUUGGUUUCAUGAAGAAGAUCGUGACGAGGGAUUUUUUCAAUUGAUGUGAUGAUCGAAUUCCUCUGCUACCGCAAAAAAACAGCUUUUCGGUUUUCUCUCAACUUGUACAAACUGAAAAUUUACCAAUAAUCUGCUAAGAUGGAAAUUGUUUCUUUGACAUCAUAAUUUUAGAACGUGGAAUUCCAUCU